CAUGAUAUCUAGUUACACUGGUCAUGUAUUCAUAUACCCAUAAGCUCUUGAGCUACGCCAGCCCUGAGCAUUGCUGCCUCUGCAUGGUGGCAAACUCCUGCCCCCAUACCUGCGAUGUAAUACCUGACCAGGCAAGGCAGCAACUCAUUGCAGAGACCUCUGACCCAAUCUCCACUCCAGACCAAGACCCUAGAUGGCUAGGUGUUUCCCCCUCCCUAAAGGUCAUCUUGCAGAAGGUCGGGGGGGGGGUCUAUCACCUUUUCCAGAAAGAUAAUGGUAUCACUGUAGAGGGCAUGGUGCUGCAUCUCAGGCAUGUCAGGCUUGCUUGGUAAAAGGAAGUGUGGCGGCCCCCUUACCACCCUAUUGACUUGACCACACAAUUGCCCAGGGUGGCCAUGGGCAAGUACUCAGGCCCCUUCUACUCUGCUCAGCCACAGGGGAAAUGUUUGGGUUACCCAAUAAAAAUGGGGUACAGGGGCUGGGGUUGUGGCUCAGUGGUAGAGUGCUUGCCUAGCAUGUGUGAGGCACUGGGUUCGAUUCUCAGCAUCACAAAAAAUAAGUUAAAGGUCCAUUGACAACUAAAAGGGGGGGGGCAUCCAGAACAGCUUGAAGUUCCAGACCAGGAACUCGCCCUAACAGGAGGUCAUAUGAAGCCCGGCAGCUAGAGGAUGACGGUGUCCUCUAAGGGGCCCUUGGAGAAGAAAAAAAAAACUUUACUGGUUUCUUAGUUAUCAGAAAUUUCCAUCUAACUGUUUACUUAAAAAAAUUACUCAUAACCCAGAGAAGGGAGACACCCAAUCUGGCAAGUGCCUGGGAACACAGUUCCAGGAAAAAGUGCAACAGCGCCUCUACUAAGGAGGGAGCAUUUAUUGAGCUCUAGCUGUGCCCUGGGGUUCUUAUCAGGUCCCACAUGUCUAAUUUAUUUAACUGCCCAAGCUUGCCGGGGGUGAAGGAGGGUCUACUCGGAUGAGGUUCCUUGAUGGUCCCUGGCCCAGAACCUCCAGCCCCGGCUACGCCUAGGGAAGUGAGAGGCUGUCGGUCGGAGAAGGACCACGCAAGGGUCUGACCCGCGGUGCCCAGCACCUGCCCGAGCGGGUGCGUUGUCUUCCUGGGCAGGGUGCUGGCUCCUCCCGCGGUAGCCACGCCCGCAGCAGUCUCGGUCCCUUUAAGAGACGCCGGCCGGCCUUCCUGCUGCCUCCGCCAUGGCCGCGCUGCAGCUGGAGGACAAGCUGACCUGCGCCAUCUGCCUGGGGCUCUACCGGGACCCGGCGACUCUGCCCUGCGGCCACAACUUCUGUAGGGCCUGCAUCCAGGACUGUUGGCGCCGCUGUCAGAAAGAGUGUCCCGAGUGCCGCCAGCCCUUCCCCGAUGGCGCGGAGCUGUGCCGCAACGUGGCGCUCAGCGGCCUCCUGGAGUUGCUGCCACCACAGGCCCAGCUGAGAGCCAAGCUGGAGAUCACCCAGCAGCAGGCCACUCAGGUCAAGACCCAGCUCCAGGAGCUGCAGCAACAAAGCAGCCAGAUCCAGAACUCAGCCUACAAUCUGAUCUCAGUGGUCUCUGGCAAGUUCAGCUGCCUGCUGCAGGCCCUGGAGAUUCGGAGGGCCAUGGCACUGAAAGGCAUCGAGACUGCCAAGACGCAGGCACUGACACAGGCCCAGGAUGAGGAGCGGCGGCUGCACAGCCACCUGGAGGCCCUGGCUCAGUAUGGCCGCAGGGUACAGGGUCUCCUGGAGCAAGUGGAUGACCAGACCUUCUUGCAGGAGUCACAGCAGCUCUUUGAGCCCCCAGAACCCCUUGGGCCGCUGACCCCUCCACAGUGGGAUGAAGACCAGCAGCUGGGUGACCUAAAGGAGUUGCUGAGCCUGCUUUGUGGCCUUCUCCUGGAAGAGGGGCACCCCUCCAGAGUGCCAGCCAAGGCUGCUGACUCGGGCCCUGUGGAGGCCCCGCGUCCCCUGGCACAGGUCCCAAGCACACGCAUGCUGUGUCCGCUGAGGAGGGAACUCUGGCAGAAUUAUCGCAAUCUCACCUUUGACCCAGAUAGUGCCAAUCGCCACUUCCUCCUGUCCCACCAGAACCAGCAGGUGAAGCACCAUCGCCAGCCCCAGGGCCCAGCCCGGCCAGGGAACUUUGAGCUCUGGCAGGUGCAGUGUUCCCAGAGCUUCCAGGCUGGACGGCACUACUGGGAGGUGCGGACUUCUGGCCACUCAGUGACCCUGGGCGUCGCCUACCCAGAACUGAUGCGGCGCAAGCAGGGAACCCACACAGACAACAUCGGCCGUGGGCCCUCCUCCUGGGGCCUCUGCGUACAGGAAGACAGCGUCCAGGCCUGGCACAAGGGAGAGGUCCAGCGCCUCCCCAGCUUGUCUGGGCGGCUGGUGGGCAUGGAUUUGGACCUGACCUCAGGCUGCCUUGCUUUCUACAGCCUGGAGCCGCAGACUAAGCUCCUGCACACCUUCCAUGCCCUCUUCAACCGGCCCCUUUGCCCCGUUUUCUGGCUUCUGGAGGGGAGGACCCUCACCCUGUGCCAUCAGCCUGGACGCGAGGGGUGGAGGACCCAGGCAGGGCGGGCGCGCAGAAGCCUCUUCAAGUCAGGCGGGGCCGACAUCCGAGGACCCGCGAGCGGGCUGCGCUGA